AUGGCGAAAAUGUCGGCCGAGGUUUUGCGAACGAUUUGGAAGGAGCUUACGCAUGCUUCUCAUUUCGAUCGCGUGAUGAACGGAGUGAAAAUCGUUUCGGCGGGAGGCGGUAACGUCGUCGCGGAAAUGUCCGUCACAGAGGCCGACACCAAUCGUGGCGGCACUUUGCACGGCGGACUCACUUCGACGAUCGUUGAUUCGGUGUCGACUGUGGGACUCAUGACAACGGGUCCGAAUUUGCCUGGUGUGUCUGUCGACCUCAGCGUAUCGUUUCUGAAGGCUGCCAAAAUUGGGGACAUCAUCAGCAUUGAGUCGGAGACUGUGAAAGUUGGCGGGUCUCUCGCCUUCCUCAGGGUCGUGUUGAAGAAUAAACAAACCGGUGAUGUGAUUGCACUCGGCUCGCAUACCAAGUUCCUCGUGUCGCCGAAGAACAAAUUGUGA